AGCUGGAUUACUUGCUUUUCCAGGAUCUGCAAAUCUGCACUGACAGCAAGCCAGCAGAGGAUGGGAAAAGAGGAGAACGAUAAAAUUGAUAUUAGAAUGAGCCUGUGUUUUUCAUAAACGUGAUGGAGGGUUGCUGACAUAACAGUAAGUGGUAGAGUAUGGGAUCCUACCCAUCAAAGAGCUCUGGAUGGUACAGAUAUGUUGAAAUUCACAUUUCAAGGAACAGGAACUUUGUUUUUACUCAAUCAGAGCACCUGGAGCCGCUGGGACAUCACGGUGCCAGUCAGAAGGCUCUCCUGAGUGCUGUCCAGCUCGGCAGUGAACAUCCUCACAAACAGUCAGAAGCUUUCCAUCUGCGACUGAAUGCAGAAACCUGGAGGCAUCUACAAGACCGGGAAGAGCCCUAGCCCUUUGUGUUCCCAUAGGAGCUACUGGAACGCGGCGACUUCCUCGGGAAACGUAGGAACGAGCUCUACCGAAGCAGCGGGCGCACACCAAGCUGCACCCAGGCAUGAUGCCAGGAUUCCCUCUUCUUCUUCCGCCGCCCAAGGGCGGCUCUCCAGAGCCCUGAAAGAUACAGAGAUGCAGACAUCAGCCGCCCCGGGUCACCGUUAUUCCUAUGGCAGACGCCGCACCACGCUGCCUGCCCAUGCGCAGUGAGGGAAGGUCGGCACGGCGCCGUGCCGUUUCCCCUUCCGGCCGUACCCGGUCUUCUGUCAACAUGGCAGCGCUGGGCGGGUGGCGGCCACGGUGUCUGUGGGCGGCAGCAGUGGUUGCGCUGGCGUUGGCAUCAGAGGCGGCUUUUGUGGAGGAUCUGGAUGAAUCGUUUAAAGAAAACCGUAAAGAUGAUAUUUGGCUUGUAGAUUUUUAUGCACCAUGGUGUGGCCACUGCAAGAAAUUAGAGCCUGUGUGGAAUGAAGUGGGUAUAGAAAUGAAAAACAUGGGCUCCCCAGUGAGAGUUGGAAAGAUGGAUGCAACUUCCUUUUCUAGUAUUGCAUCUGAAUUCGGAGUGCGAGGCUAUCCAACAAUUAAGCUCUUAAAAGGUGACUUGGCAUACAACUAUAGAGGACCUAGGACCAAAGAUGAUAUAAUUGAAUUCGCUAAUAGAGUAGCAGGACCUCUUAUCAGGCCACUUCCUAGCCAGCAUAUGUUUGAGCAUGUGCAAAAGAGGCAUCGUGUAUUUUUUGUAUAUGUUGGUGGGGAAUCUCCUUUAAAGGAAAAAUACAUUGAAGUUGCUUCAGAACUAAUUGUUUAUACAUACUUUUUUUCUGCCUCAGAAGAUGUGCUACCUGAGUAUCUGACCUUGCCUGAACUACCUGCUGUUGUUGUAUUCAAAGAUGGAACUUACUUUGUGUAUGAUGAGUAUGAAGAUGGUGAUUUGUCAUCCUGGAUAAAUCGAGAAAGAUUUCAAGGUUAUCUUACUGUAGAUGGUUUUACAUUGUACGAACUUGGAGAUACAGGAAAACUUGUGGCUAUUGCAGUAAUUGAUGACAAAAACUCUUCAGUGGAACAUACGAGACUGAAAUCAAUUAUUCAGGAAGUUGCAAGAGAUUAUCGGGAUCACUUUCACAGGGACUUCCAGUUUGGCCAUAUGGAUGGAAAUGAUUACAUCAAUAGCUUAUUGAUGGAUGACUUGACAAUUCCUACUAUCGUUGUUUUGAAUACCUCCAAUCAGCAGUAUUUUCUACCAGAUAGGCAUAUUGAGAACACAGAAGAUAUGGUUCAGUUUAUUAACAAUAUCUUGGAUGGUACAGCUGAAGCACAAGGUGGUGAUGGAGUUCUGCAACGAAUCAAGAGAAUAGUCUAUGAUGCCAAGUCUACUGUAGUGUCAGUGUUCAAGAGUUCACCACUUUUGGGAUGCUUUCUCUUUGGGCUGCCCCUGGGUGUCAUCAGCAUAAUGUGUUAUGGAAUCUGCACAGCUGAUACAGAUGGAGGUGUAGAUGAACACGAGGCAGUUAAAAAGGAAAACAGCGAUCGAGAGCUCACAGAUGAUGGCAGUGAGGAGGAGCAAGAGGAGGAAAAAAACGGAAAAUAUGAAGAACUAUCAGAUGGAGAGCUUAAACAGAAAGACCUAUUGGAAAAGAAAAAGGACUAAUGUGUUGAACAAAAAAUCUCUAGAAUUUCCAAAUAGACUUAUUUAUUGAAAGUAGUCAUUUAUUGGUGAUCUUCAUGAAAGAGGACCUUUUUGUGUCUGCAUUAAGGUAGUUUUGACUUGCAUGUGUUUAAAUUUUCUCAGAUAUUGACAGGAAAAAGAGCUGAAAUAGGGAUGUUCUCUCAAUUGUCUUUAAUAAUUAUCAAAGGAAUAUGAAGGAACUUGCAGGUACUUUUGGGGAGGUUUUUUAUUGUUUGUUCCUAGAACAAUGAGAUAAUGUUACUUGACCUUAGUAUAUUUGAUGAAAUGAUAAUGAUACAGCCCAGCCAAACACUCAAAAUUAAGUCUGUAUACUAAGAAAAUUCAAGAGAUCUGUAAAUUCUUUCAGAACCUUGAUAGUUAAAGACAUGUUACGGUUUUUCCAGGAACUCACAUGUUUUAUUGUUGCGCAUUAUUUUGGAAAAAAUAAUUUUUUGUUAUCAAGUUAAAUGUAAAUUGUUAUAAACCAGAGGACUGUUUUAUUAUGUACUAAUGUAAUUACUGGCAGUCAGGAAUAUCUCUGUGAUAUACAAUAUGUUAGCAGCUAAAAAUUAUUGGAGAACUACAUUUUAAAACUUUCCAACAAGGUUACGUGUUAAAUUGUUUUAUGCUUACAUAAACUUCUAUUACAAAUGAUCAUUUGUACUAAAAGUUUUCUGAAACUGCAGUACAACUUGAUAAAGGAUGACACAAGCGCUCUAACUAUUUUGCCAAAAUCCCACAUGACAAGUUUUUGACUGAUGUAAACAUGUUUACAGUGUUUAAUUUAGAUUGUUACAAGUCUUUGAGGUGGUUGGUGUUGAUACUACUAUUUGAGACUGUUACCUAGAGAAUUAACAGAGCAUAAUAUUAACUUUCAUACAAAUUGAUCAGUAUAAUGCAUUUUUAUUAUCUGUUUAGUCAUAAAAGUCACUUCUAAUACAGUCUUGUGAAAAUGA